ACGAUCGACGGGAAUUCCACAUAAAAUACAUGUAAAAUGGCAUUGCAGGUUGAUCCCGAGGAAAUGGAUACCCAUGAUGAAGAAUUUCUUGGUCUUCAAGCUGAACCAAUGGAUUGUCAUGGUCAAGAAAUCUGUAUCUCAGAACAUCAGCAUAUGAAUCCAGCUGGAGGCUUCGUCUUCACAACAACCCAAGAAGCACAACUCCAGCGCUUUUUGUGUCUUGGGGCAUCUUGCAAUGGCUAUCAAACCGGACGUCGAAGAGAAUUAAAACUAGAUGAUGCCGGGUUUAUAUUACAAUUGGUAGGCGAUGGAUAUGGUAAAAAGGUGGUGGAUUUUCUAACGGAUUUCUCUACGAAUUGUCGUUCAUUCAAGCAGGAUCCUACUUUAUUACUUUGGCGCUCUGCUGUCGGUCCUCUGAUGAAGUUACAAAGCACGCAGCCUUUGCAGCUGUACAGAAAGUUUGCAGAACACCAACCCAUCUUUUCAGAUACCUUAACUACUGCCAAAAAUAAGCCUUGAUUUGACAUCAAGAAAAGGAUGGGG